AAAAAACUAAAUAAAUAAAUACAACUAUAAAGAUAAGAAUGGCAACAAGGGAUGCCAGUGGGUGGAUCACUUGCCUAGCAUUUGCAAGGCCCUAGUCCAAACCCCAGCACUAUAAAAUACAUAGAUUAUAGAAAUAAUUAUGAAAGUAAUAAUGAAAUUAUGGAAUAAGUGAAAAAUUUUCCUUAUACAAGACCCGAAUUUCCAAGGAGGAUGAGGUAGCAGUUUGGGGGCUGGGAACUGUCAGCAAGCGCUUCCCCAGGUCUCUACAGAGUUGGAAAAUUGAGGCAAGGUUCAUGUGAUGCACAUGCGCACUGGAGGGGUUGCGCAGGCAUAUGCUUCGUCUUACACGCAGUGCCUUAGAGCGAUGUCAUGGCUGUCACCCACACACUGAUAAGAAAGGACAGGAACUGUAAGCAGGCUGGAUGAGGAUCGAGGCCAUCCUGCAAGGUAUUCUUCGCUGAAGACCCUGUGAAGAUCGUGAGAGCUGGGCGACAGUACAUGUUCGACGAGCGUGGCCAGCGCUACCUUGACUGCAUCAAUAACGUGGCCCAUGUGGGGCACUGUCACCCCGAGGUGGUAGAAGCCGCACGCAGGCAGAUGGAGCUGCUCAACACCAACUCCCGCUUCCUGCACGACAACAUCGUGGCCUACGCCCAACGCCUGGUGGCCACCCUGCCCCCGCAGCUCUGCGUCUGCUACUUCACAAACUCGGGAUCUGAAGCUAAUGACUUAGCCUUACGCCUGGCUCGGCAGUUCCGGGGCCACCAAGAUGUGAUCACCCUGGACCAUGCUUAUCAUGGUCACUUAUCAUCUUUAAUUGAGGUCAGUCCAUAUAAAUUCCGGAAGGGCAAAGACGACAAGAAAGAAUUCGUACAUGUGGCCCCAGCUCCUGACACUUACAGAGGGAAGUACCGAGAAAACCACCCAGACCCUGCAGGCGCCUAUGCGGACGAAGUGAGGAAAAUCAUUGAAGAAGCACAUGCCAACGGGAGGAAGAUCGCUGCUUUCAUCACUGAAUCUAUGCAGAGUUGCGGUGGACAAAUAAUCCCUCCAGCAGGCUACUUCCAGAAAGUGGCGGAACACAUCCACCGCGCGGGGGGCGUGUUUAUCGCCGAUGAAGUGCAGGUGGGCUUCAGCCGAGUUGGGAAGAGCUACUGGAGCUUCCAGAUGCAUGGGGAGGACUUUGUGCCAGACAUCGUCACCAUGGGCAAGUCAAUGGGCAACGGCCACCCGGUGGCCUGCGUGGUGACAACCAAAGACAUCGCGGAAGCCUUCCUCAGCUCUGGGAUGGAGUAUUUCAACACGUACGGGGGAAAUCCAGUGUCUUGUGCUGUGGGUUUAGCAGUCUUGGAUAUAAUUGAAAAGGAAGAUCUCCGAGGAAAUGCUAGGAGAGUGGGAAAUUAUCUUACCGAGUUACUGAAUAAGCAAAAGACCAAGCACAUGCUGAUAGGAGAUAUUAGGGGCGUUGGCCUUUUCAUCGGAAUUGACUUAGUGACAGACCGUGAAAAAAGAACCCCGGCCACAGCUGAAGCCCAGCAUGUCAUCUACAAGAUGAAGGAAAAACGUGUACUUCUCAGUGCUGAUGGACCGCACCGAAAUGUGCUCAAAAUAAAACCACCCAUGUGCUUCACUGCGGAAGAUGCCGAGUUCAUGGUGGAGCAGCUGGACGGGGUUCUGACAGUUUUAGAAGAAUCCAUAGGAAUCCAAACCAAACCAGUGAUCUCUGAGAGUAUUCCACACAGAACAAAGGUCACCAAGGCACCCCCCAGGGACCUGCUCGGUGAGAACAACCCCGACACCACGGAACACGCCAGCAGGAAGCGGAACAGCGCAUGCACAGAAAGCAGCCGCUCCGCCAAAGGCUCAAGGCGCGAAGGCCCAGCUCCACAGCAAGACGGCCGCCAGCUGCCGGGAGCCGUCUCCUGAGGGUUCUGCGGGACCAGAAGGGACCUCACUGCCCAGCCGAGGAGAACAUGCUCCUGUUUAGAUUUGUGAAUGGAAAUGUCGUUGAUGAUAGGAAUAAACCCAGGUAGUCAAACCGCAUCAAGAGUGUAAGUCAGCCUCUGGCCUGUUAAUUCUUCCCCCCAGACUGCUGAGUUUACUAAUUUAUUAAUUCUAUAACUGAACUGAAGCUAGCAAACACAGAAUUCAGCGGGCAGGUUGACUUCUCCUGUCUUAAUGUUUGAAGUUAGGCAGCCAAGGAUAAUAGAUUCUUUGGCUUUGAGGACUUGGUGCAUUAAAUUAUAAAUUCUAUGAGAUAUAAUAUGUAAAAGUCUAUUUAUAAGCUAUAAUUAAAUAAAAUAAUAUA